GAUCCACCAGCUUGGGCCGGACUAAGCUCGGAGUUAGCCAAAUUGCAAGGCCAUCUUCUGUGAACCUGAACGACAGUUGCAACUGCUUCACCACGACAAGCUGUACGUGGACGUGCCCGAAUCCUUGAAGAAGCAUCAUGGCCGAAGAUUCAGAUGACGAGUACACGAUUCCCCUUGCUGGUCCAGCACCGUAUGGUUCGGGCUUGAAAAAAAAAGGCAUCAAGUUCGUCUCUGCAGGCACUCUUGAGACAUCAAACCAUGCUCAAAUGCGUUCAGGGGAAGACAUCGCAAACUCGUACCUCGCGCUAGUACUAGAUAAGCCCCCCACUCCACUGGAAGACGCUGCCACCCAUGAACACAAACAAGGCCAGCAGGCCGCCAGAUGCGACACUUGCAAUCUGCCGUUGGAAGAUGCGCAGAGUGUUGAGCACCACACAAGUCUGGCACAUCAAGCUGCGCUAGCACACAUUCAUCCCCCGAGUUCUAUCGACCGUUCGAGAAAGGGUCUCGCAUAUCUCGAGUCUCAAGGCUGGGAUCCGGACAGUAGAAAGGGACUUGGCAUGCAAGGGGAAGGCAUCUUACAGCCUCUUCGUGCUCUAGAGAAAAAGGACAAGGCAGGCAUAGGCGACAGAAGUAGGAGCGUGACGCCGAAAGGUUCCAGCGCAAAAGUACAGAAGGGCCCUCAGGGCUUAGACCCGAAAGCGCUGAGAAAGCUACACGAAGAGGGCGAGAGGCGUACCAAAAGAUUGCAUGAAAUAUUCUAUACUGACGAUCGCGUUGCGAAGUAUUUGGGGGAACAAACUUGAUGCCCUACGGGCCGGAUUUGCUCCCGCACUAAUUUGGGGUAUGGCUAUCAAAUUGAAUCUGGCAGACGGCGUUGGCAUUUGCGUCUACAUUCGAGUUCUAUUUUCGUACGCUUCCAUCGCGCAGAGAUGACAUGUCCACAACAAGCUUUGAAGCCUCAACAACGCUCACAAUCUCCUCCCAAAAUGCG